AUGAGAACAGCCAGGAGAAUGCAGAACACUAAGGAACAAGCGCUCACGAAUAUAACUCUUAAUAUACUCCACAAUUACAAACUUAAGAUCACGUGGAAAGAUGUUAAGAAAGCGUGUGAUUCAGUAACGUACACAGCCCAAUGCUUGCAUGAAAUGUCUAGGAAUUAUAGCUUGAUUAAGACUUUGUUAGGAAAUUGGAGUGUUGAAAUAAAAGUCGUAGAAGAAGUAGACAAAAUAAGGAAGAAGAUUCUUAUUUUAAAUGUUAGGAUUACUAGACUUGACAAUCUAAGAACAGCAGAAUAG